UCUUUGCGACUUUGCCUCUAAAUCGAUUUGCUUGCGAACAACGUUGGUAGGGGAAUGAUUUCGCGUUGCACAGUAAACAGAGCAUCAUCGAAACGCGAAAACGACGCAACAGCAAAGGGAAGAGAGAGUCGUUUUAGAUUAUACCACACUGUGCUGGUGCGGUUCCCUGCAUUGAUUUGAUUCGCAAUUGCUGCGGAGUUUUGAAGCCAAGCUGAUCCGUGCGAGGAAGGUUCUUCUGAUGCGAUUGAAUCUCGAACUUGCGGGCUUAUGCCAUUCAGGUUUUGAGAUUGUAGGUUUUUCAGACUGAGGGGGACAAAAGGAAAAGGGUUUCGCUUCCGAAUUCCAAUCGACGAUGCUGUCCAAUCAUUUUCAAAACGGCGUCGAAACGGUGAGGCACGCUUGGUCGCGGAUCCCAAACUCCGAAGAAUCACAGUUCGUCGACGACGCCGUUGGGCUUGUGAGGAAAAGCGAUGGAAGCAGCGUUGAGAGCCUUGACUAUGAAGUCAUAGAAAAUUUUGCUUAUCGAGAAGAACAGGCGCGCAGAGGGAAGCUGUACGUGAGUUAUUUGCUGGUGGUGAAAUGGCUUUUCGCCUUGCUCAUUGGCAUUGGCACUGGUCUUGCUGCUGUUUUCAUCAACUUGUCUGUUGAAAAUUUUGCUGGCUGGAAAUUCUCGUUGACAUUUAGUAUAAUUCAGAAGUCAUACAUUGCUGGCUUUCUCCUAUAUGCCCUGAUAAACUUGGUUUUGGUGUUUUCCUCUGUAUAUAUUGUCACACAGUUUGCACCAGCUGCUGCUGGAUCUGGUAUUCCUGAAAUCAAGGGUUACUUAAAUGGGGUUGAUAUUCAUGGGAUUCUUCUUCUGAGAACUUUGAUUGGAAAGAUAUUUGGCAGCAUUGGAUCAGUGGGAGGAGGCCUUGCUUUAGGUAAAGAGGGUCCUCUUGUCCAUACUGGUGCUUGUAUUGCUUCUUUGCUUGGACAAGGUGGUUCCACUAAGUAUCAUAUAAAUUCAAGAUGGUUUCAAGUAUUCAGAAGUGAUCGAGAUCGACGAGAUCUGGUAACCUGUGGGUGUGCAGCAGGAGUUGCUGCUGCAUUUAGAGCUCCUGUUGGUGGUGUAUUGUUUGCAUUGGAAGAGGUAACAUCUUGGUGGAGGAGUCAACUUAUGUGGCGUGUCUUCUUCACUUCUGCUAUUGUUGCUGUUGUAGUGCGAACUGCAAUGGGAUGGUGUAAGAAUGGAAAUUGCGGACAUUUUGGGUCUGGCGGAUUCAUAAUAUGGGAUAUAUCAGAUGGUCAAGAGGAUUAUUCCUUUGCAGAGCUAUUGCCAAUGGCUAUUAUUGGGGUUAUUGGAGGCCUACUAGGAGCUUUAUUUAACCAGCUUACACUUUAUAUUUCUAGUUGGCGUCGAAACCACCUUCACAAAAAAGGGAGCCGAGUCAAGAUUAUUGAAGCAUGCCUUGUCUCCCUUUUAACGUCAAUUAUUUCAUUUUGCUUGCCACUUCUAAGAGAAUGUAGUCCAUGCCCGGAAUCUGAUCCUACUUCUGGUAUUGAAUGCCCACGUCCUCCUGGAAUGUAUGGGAAUUAUGUAAAUUUCUUUUGUAGCAGUGACAAGGAGUAUAAUGAUCUUGCGACUAUUUUCUUCAAUACACAGGAUGAUGCCAUCAGGAAUUUGUUCAGUGCGAAAACAAUACAUGAGUACAGUUCCCAAAGUCUGUUAACCUUUUUGGUUAUGUUUUAUAGUUUAGCAGUGUUGACGUUUGGUACUGCUGUGCCAGCCGGUCAAUUUGUCCCUGGUAUAAUGAUAGGAUCAACUUAUGGACGUCUUGUUGGCAUGUUUGUUGUAAAAUAUUACAAAAAGCUCAACAUUGAAGAGGGAACGUAUGCUUUGCUGGGAGCUGCGUCUUUUCUUGGUGGUUCAAUGCGGAUGACAGUGUCUCUUUGUGUCAUUAUGGUUGAAAUAACAAAUAACCUGAAACUUUUGCCCCUUAUUAUGCUUGUUCUUCUUAUAUCGAAGGCUGUGGGUGAUGCUUUUAAUGAGGGUCUAUAUGAAGAGCAGGCAAGAUUAAGGGGCAUUCCAUUACUGGAAUCAAGGCCUAAAUAUGAGAUGCGGAACAUGACAGCAAAGGAGGCCUGUGGAAGUGGAAGGGUGAUCUCGUUACCUCGGGUAGUUAAGGUUUCAGACGUAGUUUCCAUUCUACGGAGCAACAAACACAAUGGUUUUCCAGUCAUUGAUCACACAAGAAGUGGAGAAUCACUUGUUAUUGGAUUAGUACUUCGGAGUCAUUUGUUGGUAAUCCUUCAGUCAAAGGUUGAUUUCCAGCAUAGCCCUUUACUCUCUGAUCCCAGAGGUGGGGACAGGUCAAUAAGGCAUGAUUCUCAUGAAUUUGCUAAGCCUGUUUCUAGUAAGGGGAUAUGUAUCGACGAUAUACAUCUAAGUCCAGAUGACUUGGAAAUGUACAUAGAUCUUGCUCCAUUUUUGAAUCCCUCACCAUACAUUGUCCCUGAAGACAUGUCUUUGACAAAGGUGUACAAUCUUUUCCGCCAACUUGGUUUGAGACAUUUGUUUGUUGUUCCUCGACCAUCUCGUGUGCUUGGUUUGAUAACCAGAAAAGAUUUGAUGAUUGAGGACACGGAAAAUGUGAAUACAUUAGAGCUUCAGUCAACUAGUGUAAGAAAUCGGCAUCAUAAUAAAAGACCGACGACAAGGAAUUCAGAUGUGGAGCGCCCUUUGCUCAAUGGUCUUCUUGUUGGUUCAGAAUAAUCAAGAUUGUCUCUUCUGCGCAGAUUGGUCCUUUCUGCCACCAAUUUUCCGGGAAGAUCAUUAUUUAUUGUAUUUUUUCUUCUUCAAAUAGAUUAGAUAACCCAGAAUUGUGUAUAUUAUGAACUAGGGAAACCGGUUAGAGUAUUCGUUAGAUUUGUUAAAAUUGAUGCUGAUAAUGAGGGGUUAGUGUAUACUUGCUAGUUUUUCGGGUUCUCUUUACCAGUACCAAAAAAUAGUUAAAAUGUUAGCUGGUUUAGCAUGGUCCAUUAGAAUAUGUGGAAUAUCUUCCAUUAUUUUAAGUAGAGGUUUUGCCAAUUUUAAUGAAUCACUUUUAUUUUC